AUGCCCCAACUGCCGAGCGGGUGCUUUUAGAGACGCGCCCGCGUUUCGCCACCAAAACUCACUUCUGAGCCUUUACUCCCUCUCUCACAUUCUCUCUCUCUCUACCUCACGGUCCGAAGCUAAUAAGCUUAAGAAUACGGAGUCCAUUUAAGGAUUGUGAAACUAUUAUCCAAUGGAGGGAGUUGUGGGUGAGGGUGCCUCAGUGGCAUCGCCUGUAGCCCAGUGGGGACAUGAUGCUUGGAGGAUGUAUCAAUAUUACCUGGAUAAGACUACACCUCAUACAAUCUAUAGGUGGAUCGGGAGUCUUGUUAUAGUGGCUAUUUACUGUUGGCGAGUUUAUUAUGUUCAAGGGUUUUACAUUGUUUCCUAUGGGCUUGGAAUAUAUCUACUGAAUUUGCUUAUUGGGUUUUUGUCACCUUUGGUUGAUCCUGAACUUGAACCUUCUGAUGGGCCUUUAUUGCCCACAAAGGGUUCUGAUGAAUUCAAGCCAUUUAUUCGACGCCUCCCAGAAUUCAAAUUCUGGUAUUCCUUCACCAAGGCAUUCUGCAUAGCAUUUGUCAUGACCUUCUUCUCAAUGUUUGAUGUUCCUGUGUUUUGGCCAAUACUUCUUUGUUACUGGAUUGUUCUUUUUGCCCUUACUAUGAGGCGCCAAAUUGCACAUAUGAUCAAAUACAAGUAUAUUCCUUUCAACAUCGGGAAACAGAAGUAUGUUGGUAAGAAAGCUUCUGCAAGUAGCUGUGGUUCACGUGGGGAUUAAACCUUGACUGGUUCAUAGGGCUUGCAGAAAAGUAGCAGUGAAGAUUCAUGAUCUUUCUUUCGAGGGACAUGCAUUAAUGUUAUAUAAUGGUUUGAAUAUGCACUUGCAAUUGUGCCUUGGAAUUUUAGGAUGGGCAGGGUGCUGAUGUUGCAGAAGCUGAAACAUGAUUGUUUAUAGGCAUAUUAAGAAGAUUCAGCUAUAUUUCUGAAAAUAGUUGUGUAAAACUGCAUGGUGCAGUAUUAUUUGUUCACUCUCUGUUUCUUCGGUGUUAGACAUGGAAAUUGUCAGUAGCAGAAGUUUUCAUGCAAAUCAGAAAUUAUUGCAGCCAUUGGUAUACAAUAACUCUAUCGCGAGGUUAUUUGGGGUAAUUUUAAUUUUUUUGUCUGUUUCAUUUUUA